AUGGCCCAUUCCCCACUCCACCUCCGGGUCGGGUCGACUGUUUCUGUGGACGCAGAGGCGCGCGGCAGAGUCAUGGCCGCUGUGCCACUGUCCGGUGGUGGGCUAGGCCGUGCUUGGCUCGGCUUUGCUGUCUGUCUCACCGACUCUGCGGCGGCGUCGUCGUUGUCGCCUGCCGGGCUGGCGGCCUCGUGCCGCACCGUGCUAGCGCUGGCAUCAGCGGUGUCGAGCUCGUUUGUGCGCGAUCCACCGCACCAGACUCUCGGUCUACUCAAGGACGUCCUUAUUGCUGCUCGGCGACUGUACGACGCUGUGCCGGCUGCUGGCUCGGCUGGGCGCAUCCGCAGUGGUCUCGGCGACGCCGCCAGAGUCCUCAAGCUCGCCUACCGUACAUGCCGUCGAGUGGGCGAGUUGCUGGCAUGGGCCGAGGCCAAGGCAGCGCUUGCUGGCAAUCUCGAUGCCGACUGGUCUCAGAACGUCGAUGCCGCCGUCUCAGACGCACUGGAGACCUCGUUGUACAUUGCUGACGAUUCGAGUAAUAGCUCACCCGGUCACACUGUCGCACUCGACGAGCCUGUCACUACCGAGCUCCUCACCCGUGCCGCGGGAUGCGAGGCGGCUGCCGAUCGUGUUCUUGCCUCGGAUGCGCUCGUCGACCUGCUUGCGCUUGGUAACUCACCAGUGACGCAGGACCCGACGUCAGGACUCUCGCUCGACACUGUUGUCCAGCACGUUGUCCGGGCCCGGGCCUCAGUCCGAUCAGCCAUCGAAACUCUGAGGAAGCGGCUAGCGUCCACCACUGCCCGCACCCUCCUCUCCAAUGCGAUUCACGAGCUCUGCGUUGCAUGCAGGCUCCUCCACGCACACCUCGCCCUUAUCAAGCGUUCAACAUCUGCAAGUAGCGCGCAUCCUGCUGUCGUCCGAGCUCGCGCAGGAUCGGACGCGGCGUCAAGUGUCGGCUCGUACGCCACAGCUCUAACUCGCGAAGUCUCGUCGCCCACAGGGUCGAAUGUCUCGUUGAACUCGACGUCGCCCAUGCUCUCGCGCCGGCCGCUGGGGCUCGCCUACGCUGAAUCAGUCGCCACCCUCUCGGACCACUCGGGCACAUCACCACUGCAGCGCCGGCGCCGCUGCGUCUCGUGCUCCGACCUGGAUGAGAGCUCGAUCUCCUCUGACGCCGAGUCGGGAAGCCCCAAGGCCAAGAGCAAGACCAAGGCCAAGGCCAAAAAGAGGCUCAAGAAGAAGAGAAAGUUGACAGACCGGAAGACUCCGCUGCCGAUGGCUGCUCGCCGCAUGGCGUCGAUGUCGGCACUCAAGAUGGCAUCGGUUCUGGACAAGCUUGGGAGGGGAGAGCCGGAGCUGGCGGGCUCACUGGUUCGGACGCCGGACCAUGUUACCAGUCUUGGCGAGAAGGAGGCAGGCCAUGUCAAUCUCAAUCCAUCGACCAACUCGCGGAUCUCGUACCUGAUGACACUACUGCAGGUCUCGCCGGGUCCCAAGUCGCUCGCCCAGAUCCGCAAGGCCUUUGCCCGUGAAUCCAAGGCGUGGCGCUCUGACUUUGCAGCCGCCGGCGGCGUCUCGGCACUUUUUGACCUUGCCAACAUGGUCUCGUCUGUUGUUGCAGCUGUCGCUGACGAUGUCGUACUUGCAGAAGAUCUGACAGCCACCAUUCUCCAGCUGACAGAAGCCGAUGGUGGCGCGGAGCUCAUUGCGACGCAUCCGUCGCAUCUUGCAUCACUUGUUCGCCUACUGGUGUGCGAGACUGAGGUGGGCACUGGGCCGAGUGUCACAGCUGCGGCCUUGAUACUUACCCGGGUUGUCGAUGCUGGCCAUGGAGGCGCGGUGCACGACGCACUGCGGAGUGUGCAAGCCGAGCUCGGGCGAGCAUCGGUCAUUGUGGAUGCGCUCGCCAUGCAUGCAGGCGACUCUGGCACGGCUUGUGCCGUUGUCUCGCUCACCAACGCUCUCCUGGCCAGCUUUCCGCGACUUGCGCCUCGCGUCGCUGUCCGCACCACCCUCAUCGACGCUGGCAUCGGUCACCAGCUGACUGUGGUGGAGACUCAUGCAGGAGCCUCGCUUGCCCCAAUCGACGCGUUUCAUCAUGCUUGGGAGGACGACACAGCAGCGCUGUCUGUUGCCGGGCUUGAUCUCACCUCGCCAGUUGCAGUCUGCAAGGCGCUCGCUGCCUCGUUGCGGACUACCGAGGCCUGGCCACUCUUUGUAUCGCUCAUGGAGCGGCUACUGGCAGUGCCGACCGAUGGCACGCGUGGGCUCUCUGCUUGGUCUGCGCUCGUCGAUACUCUCGAUGCAGCGCUGGCGCUCGACGGUCCGGGCGUCAACGAGCCCCUGGCCAAGCUCAAAGAUGCCAUCGAGCAGCGAUCUGGGCUCGAGAAUCUACGCGCCGAGCGUGACGAGGCGUUGUCGACGGUUACACAGCUGGAGAAUCACAUCCAGGCGCUUCUUGCUCGGGCGCCAGAGGAGAUUGCCAUCGAGGUGGCGUCGUAUCGGGCACAGCGCGCCAAGAUGAGUGCCGUUCUUGCCUGCCAGGCGCAGAUGGCGGCGGAGCAGCGUGCCGCCGACGCCACUCGUGCCGCUCAGCAACUUGAUCGCUGGAAGGCGAAACACGACAAGUCAAUGGCUGCCCUCAAUGCCAUGGCCAAAGAGCUCCGGACGCUCAAACUACGACUUGGCUUUGUUAAGCAGCCGUCCGUCUCGACGGUUGUGGCGGCGGCAGUGGGGCCCGAACCAAAUGUGGCGCUAACCGAACCCAGCGCAGAUGCUCCGCUCCCGCCAUUGCCUGGAGAUGCAAUUCAGGAGGCAGCAGCGCCACCGCCACCGCCCAAAAGCAUUCCACCGCCACCACCGCCGCCACCGCCGCCGCCGGGCUCAGCUGCUGGCGGCAGCAAUGCCAGCGUCACCAGGGUAGCUCCAACCGAGGAAGGCGGAUUCUGGACCGUGGAUGGUUGGGAAGUGGCCAACGUGCCGAUGCGCAAGUUGAUGUGCCUACCGCUGCGGGAUGUCGCUGGCACUGUGUUUGCGGACCUUGACGAAGCGGCGGAAGAUGAGGCGCUGGACGAGAUGCUGGAAGAGGUGCUGGAUCUGCACGAUCUCGAGCGGGCGUUUGCAGCGCGGGCUGCCAAGCCUGUGGCCAGCGCGGCCAAAUCUGAAAAGUCAAGCUCGGACCACGUCGAGCUCCUUGACCCAUCGCGGGCGCGAAACAUCGACAUUUUGCUCUCGCAGUUCAAGGGAUGGAAUCUAAGCCAGAUUCGCAACGCCAUUCUCGAAUGGGACACGCAGGUCCUCACGCCGCAGCGGGUUCGCGCCCUUGUGCGGGCCGCCCCAUCGGACGCCGAGACCGAGGUUCUCACCGAGUACACCGGCCCGCGGGCGUCACUUCCGCGACCAGUCAAGUUUAUGUAUGAGCUUGUGAGCGUGGCAAUGCUCUCUGAGCGGCUCUCGGUCAUGGUGUUUCUCGAUGAGGCACCUGGUCACGUGCUAGAUGUCUCGCACGACCUCGUAAGCGUCGCAGGCGCGCUGCACGCACUCGACACCUGCACUUCGCUCAUGUCGCUGCUCCGGGUCGUCCGGCGCAUCGUCAACUUUAUGGGCGGCGCGUCGAAAAGCCGGCCUGUUGCUGGCUUCCGGCUCUCUGUCCUCACACGCCUCGCAGACGUUCGCGCCGCCGACGGCUCGACCACACUGCUGCACUACCUCGUGGAGCGAGUUGCUGAUGCAGCGCCGCAUCUCGGGCGGUUUGUGCAGGAACUGGGCCUCCUCGAGCACGCCGCAUCCAAGCCGCUUACGGGAUACAUUGCGCCCAACGUCCGGGUCCUCGCCCGCGAUCUCGAGCUCGUCAAUGCCACCCUGCAGCAGCUACCGGCUGACGAUCCGAUCGUUGUCAAGGCCCGUCCGGCAGUCGCGGACAUCACCGACCGCAUUCACCACCUCCACACGGUACUCGCCGAGGCCAACGCUGACUACGCCCGCCUCGCAAUCCGCUUCGGUGAGAAGGCCGACGUCGAUGCUGAGGACUUCCUCGGCGUGUUGGUCCGGUUCCGCGCUCAGUGGAUCCGCGCCGAGGCUGAUCUCGAACGCGCGGCCAAGGUCCGCGACGCUGCUGCCAAGCGGGCCGCGCUUGCCGACACGCUUCGUGCAGUCAAGGCAAAGGCAAAUCGACGAGGGAAUGUCCAACCGCGGCUUGCCCCGAGCACCAUCUAG